UGCGCAUGCUCUUUCUGUCAAAAGCAAUGCGAUAUCGCGGACAGUUGUGAUGUUGUGUUAGAAAAACAAAAAAUAGCAAAGGAAUUCAAGACGAAACUGUUGCCGUGUAGAAUAAAUAAUAAGCGUAUACUGACAGCUCACGAUAGGGGGCUUUAAAAAAAAUCAGACUUAACGGAUUUUUUGUGAGGAUGUACCUGUGAACGCAACUCUCGUGAGACUUUGUGAGAUUGAACAUGGCGGCAUACACUAGCUAGAACCUAAACAAAACUUCUGAUCUACUUACAAGACUAGUCUCUCUUCAAAAUCCUGGAAUCCCCACCAUUUACUGACCCGAGUGAAUAGAAAGACUUCAUUGGCGGCUUUUUAAACCGAAUUUUCACCAUGAGGAAAAACAAGAACAAACGUCAACCUACCAAACGUAAAACUGCCAGUCAAACACAAAAGUCCAAAAGACCUCGUAGUGAUUCACCAAAAAUGACACAAAAGGACAGUUCUGAAUUGACACCAUUCGAGAUUUUCUUCCAAAAGAUUGAAAAGUUCUCCAAGCUGCACAUGAAGGACCGUGACAGGGUACAAGAGAUCCUGCAGUCCAUGCAGAAGGCUGGCUCCAAAACCCUGCAGGUCAUCUCAGAUUUUGACAUGACCCUUACAAGAUUUGAAUACAAUGGGAAAAGAUGCCCCACUUGUCACAAUAUUCUUGAGAGGAGUGAUGUCAUCUCCAGUGAUUGCAAAAAAAAGCUGCAAGGGCUGCUCGACAAAUACUACCCCAUAGAGAUCGACACUACGCUGUCAGUAGAGGAGAAGCUGCCUCUCAUGGUGGAGUGGUGGACAAAGGCUCACGAGCUGCUGGUGAAUCAGAAAAUUAAGAAAGAUGGGUUAGCCAAGGCGGUGAGGGACUCUGAAGCCAAGCUGAGGGACGGCUACAAGGAUUUCUUUGACCACCUAGCAUCUCAGCGUUGCCUCUCUAACAUGUCUCUGUUUUAUAACUUGGCAUCUGGGUCUCCAAGCCGUACAUGA